AUGGGUACAGUGUUGAUGAGAACUCCCAGCUGCCUGGACCAAAAUCCAGUGUUGAAGAGCCAGGCCAGAUGUCUGAGAGGAGCUAUGUCCAUGUCUGACCCGCUGGACGGUUUCCAGUAUUACAAACAAUGCUGUGAUGACCAUCUUUGUGGCUACAUAUUUGUGGCCAUCCUUAAUUAUGUCUUUACACCAAUGCCCAGAAGUGGAACUGCCAGCCUUAAGUUUCCUGGGUGCACUGCCACCAUAGUCUGGUUCUCCAACAAUGCCAACUGCGGAUUUUCAGUCUUCACCCUUGCCAUCGUAGGAUGGAUCCUCUCCUCUGUGUCCAUGGGCCUUGUGGAGUGGAGAACAUGGUAUGUGAAAGGCACCCCACUCCAACCCCCUGUGGUCACCUGCAUGGGACUAUUUAGAGUCUGCAUUUACAAGCAUCACACCAACAGGACCACAGCCAUAUUUUGUUACCUAUACAGCUCUGAGGACACCUUUCUCCCUUUUGAAAUUCACGUGGCUCAACGCUUCCUACUGACUGCCAGCAUUUUCGGAUUCCUUGGGAGACCCUUUAAAAUCUUUGCACUUAGGAACAUGUCCUUGGGACUAUUUGGGGAUGACACCUACAAUUCAUUCAUUGUUUCAGGAAUUCUCAACAUUGCUGCUGGUAUGUUUAUCUUAAUUGCUGUGCUCCAGAGCUACAAUGCUGUCGUAAAUUCAAAGGGGAUCACCUUCUCACCGUCUCUCCAAAUGCCCUUCAAGCCAGAUGUGCAGGAAGUCGCCAUGGCCAUUCAAGUGGCAGGGAUAGCUGUCUUCCUGAUGCUACGUGGGAUAUUUUCUCUAUUGUACAGAUGCUCCCUAUACGCCCAAAUGCAUCCUGAAAUUUCAGAAAUGUGA